UUCUUCAGCGGGCUGUGUGACUUGCUGUGUGUGUGACACCCUUAUUUUGACACAGCACGACACCCUGAGAUAAACGGCGAGCUCCAAGCGUGUGCUAGAUACGGUUUGCUCUCCUGACGAAGCAACAGGAACACUAUUUACAACAAUGGAAGGACACCAUGAAGUGUUGCUGGACGUAGACACCAGCGAGCAGCAGGACGUGAAGCCAUCACAGCAGCCGUCCACACCCAGCAGCCGCCACCGCCGCAGGCUGGCUGCAGCCCUGGUGGCCAUGGCACUGUGUGUUGCCGGAGCCGUCUUCUUCAGCUGGCAUGCCAAGGAGCAGAGUCAUACUGAGCAAGAUGGAGAUCUCCGCCACAUGUUGAGACAGAUCUCUGGGAAUAUCAGGGCCGCCAUUCAUGUUGAAGGUGAAUAUAAUGCGUCCUUCAAAGACUCAGCGGAGUGGAAAAGGGACGUAAACCAGUUCCACUCACAAGGACAUCUUAAACUUGUCAACAACGAGAUCGUGAUCCCCCAGGACGGCCUGUACUUUGUGUACAGCCAGGCCUCCUUCCAGGUCAGCUGCAACUCGCACGAUGAGGGCGUGGCGAAGCAGGAGGUCCACCUGAGCCACAUCGUGAAGCGGUGGUCCAAAUCCUUUGGGAUCAGCGAUCCGAAUAAUUACGAGACCAUCCUGCAUUCCAUACGCACAGCCUGCGAGCAGAGGCCCAGCAGCGGCCCGGACAGCGGCCCGGACAGCGGGGGCAACUGGUUCAGUGCCGUGUACAUGGGAGCCGUGUUCAGCCUGAUGAAGGAAGACAGGAUCAGGACGGUCACGGAGCCCAGGCUACUGCCCAACCUGGACGACGACCCAGGGAAAACCUUCUUUGGAGUGUUUUCCUUGUAAGCAGGAAUGACUGGCAGCUGAAUGUACCACGAGGCUUCUAAAAUACAUGAAGACACGAGAGAGACGAGAAGGUGGAGCAGCCCGGCAUGUCCGGCAUGUGAUGUUUACAUAUGAAUCAAAGCAGGGCUUCAUAUUGAAGCUACAUGUACUGUGAGACACACAGUAAGUACAGCAGCAGUACGUCCGCCUGUGUACUGCAACAGUUUAACGUAGACCCACCAAGACAGUCUUGAUGGGUCUACGUUUGAAGUACUUCAUGUACUACGUAUCUGAGUCUCAGCGCUGCUGGGCGACACUACGUUGCACAAUGUGCAGUGUAUAAUGUAUAUCUCAUGAGCUUUCAGACUUGUGAAUUGUGAAUCAUCACACGUUGAUCGUGUAACUACUCUUAUUUUACCAGUCGUCCUCAUGUAGGACACGUGUCACACUGUCUAUUGAUUUAUUUAUCUCUUAAUAUUUAUUAGUUUGUCAUGGUAUUGUAUUUGCUCAUGUUUCACUU